UUCCCGAUGUUGCUGAACCCAGCCUAUUUAAAACAUUCGUGUUAUUGUCGCUCCGUCUGUAAAUGAGCGGUCAGUUCUGUACCAAUGGGAGGUUAUGAGGAUGAAACACGGCUGAGAUGUGUUGACUCGACAGGCACAUGUGCACCCGUGGUGCUGAAGGAACAGCUCAGUGAGCCCCGUCGCAAUGAAACAGUCCUCAGUCCUCAAAGUUUGCGGCUCGCUUCAUUCGCUCUGACCAUGAAGAGACAGAACAUCAGGACCCUCGUGUUAAUCACCUGCACUUUCACUUAUCUGCUCGUCGGAGCGGCUGUUUUUGACGCUUUAGAGUCCAAGAUGGAGAUCACCCAAAAGAAGGUCCUGGACGAUCGGAAGCGAGAGCUGAUGGACAAGUACAACCUGAGCAAAGGGAAUUUCGACGAGCUGGAGCGGGUCGUGCUGCAGCUGAAGCCGCACAAGGCUGGGGUCCAGUGGAGGUUCGCCGGCUCCUUUUACUUCGCCAUCACGGUCAUCACCACCAUAGGAUAUGGCCAUGCGGCCCCCAGCACGGAUGGUGGGAAGGUGUUCUGCAUGUUCUACGCCCUCCUGGGGAUCCCCCUCACCCUGGUGAUGUUCCAGAGUCUGGGAGAACGCAUUAACACCUUCGUCAAGUACCUGUUGCACCGUCUCAAAAAGUGUCUUGGCCUUCGGAACACCGAGGUCUCGAUGGCCAACAUGGUGUGCAUUGGCUUAAUAUCCUGCAUGAGCACCUUGUGCGUAGGAGCAGCAGCUUUCUCCCGCUAUGAGGACUGGAGCUUCUUCCAUGCGUAUUAUUACUGCUUCAUAACCCUCACCACCAUUGGUUUUGGGGACUAUGUAGCCCUGCAGAAGGAUAAUGCGUUACAAACAAACCCCCAGUACGUCGCGUUUAGCUUCAUGUACAUCCUCACAGGACUCACGGUCAUCGGCGCCUUCCUGAACCUGGUGGUUCUGCGUUUCAUGACCAUGAACGCCGAGGAUGAACGGCGCGAUGCCGAACAGCGCACAUUGCUGUGCCGAAACAAGCAGAGCGGCGGAGCCGCAACCAACCACUGCAUGUCUGACCCGCCGUCUUCAUCCACUGCGGGCCACGGAGGAGGGUCUGGGAAAGGGUUGUGUAACGUCUACGCUGAAGUGCUGCAUUUCCAGUCCAUGUGCUCUUGUCUCUGGUACAAAAGCCAGGAGAAGAUGCACUACUCGAUUCCCAUGAUUAUCUCUCACGAUCUGUCCACUUCAGACACCUACAUGGAGCACAGCGAGACCUCCGAUGCCCUCCACUCCAACGGCUGUGUGUGCAGUGCCUUGCAGGAGCACUCGGCCACCAGUUCGGUGUACACGCGCCUGCUCAGCCCAGCACAUUACCAAAGACUCUCCAAACGCCGCAGCUCCAUCUAGAGGGCUGGAGGAUGUAUUGCAUGUGAAUCUCUUUCGCCUUACGAAACCAACCACUGUUAUACUUGGGGUUGAAAAAACAAAAAACAAAAAACCGCUGCUUCUCAGCUGCUCAGAUCCUCUGUCAGUCUAAUAUGUGUAAUGUAGUGAUAGACGGGGCAGGGCAGCCUGUCAGCAGGUGCUGCUUGAGGACCGGAGACCUAGCAGUGUGUAAUAAAAACAGGGUAAAGCCUGUAUUAUUUGAUGUACACUUUGAGGAUUUCGAGAAAAGACAAAACUCAAACUGCUAGCUCUUCACUGAACUCAACGGUUAAUAGAAACAAAUGCAGGUCUUUCAAAACCAACAAGUCCUAAAGUGUCAGGCUGUUCUGGUUUUGAUUUGAAUAGAUAGUUCUUGUGAUGCAACCGUUUCUUCAGUGAAUACUUUAUUAUCUUUGCAGGAGUUCUCAUAGUAAUUAUAUAUAUAUAUAUAUAUAUAUAUAUAUAUAUAUAUAUAUAUAUAUAUAUAUAUAAACAAUUAUUUUAUAUGAGAACUUUGCUAAUGAUUAGUAAAGACCUUAGUCAGGGAAGAGCCAUAUUUAAUUUCUGAUGGAACAGAGUGCUGCAGUGAUGACGUGCUGUAUUUUUGUAGGCCAACCCGAAGCUUAGCUGGUUCCCUCAACAUUUUGUCUGUCAUGAUAAUCUUCACAAAUUAUCCAACUUUUAUGAAUUUUGAGGACUAAAUACCAUCACCAGAAGUAAAAAGCUAAACAUAAGCUAAAAAAAUAAGUGUC